CAAUGCAGAACACUUUUUAAAUGGCAACCACAAUUUUAAAAAUGCACUUUUACUUUGCUUUUCUCAUGUUGUUUAUGUUUUGUGAGUGAUUCUCAUUCUUGUCAUAAUAAAAGGACUCCUUUACCUUCUAUUUAUGGGUACUGUGACUACAAAUUACCUUUUGGCCCCAGGAGGAUCUGUGGUUAAUCAAGAAACUAUUGGUAGAUUUCCUGGUACUUUACAACAACCUGAGUGUAAUGAAACUAUCACCAUGACUACAAAUGCUCCGACAUCUGCCGAUGCUUGUUUGAGCAUAGUCCACAGUUUAAUGUGCCACAGACAGGGCGGUGAAUCGGAAAGUUUUUCUAAAAGAGCUAUUGAGAGUUUGGUUAAAAAACUUAAAGAAAAAAGAGAUGAACUUGACAGUUUAAUUACAGCUAUCACCACAAAUGGUCAACACCACAGUAAAUGUGUGACUAUUCAGCGAACUUUAGAUGGAAGAUUGCAGGUCGCUGGAAGAAAAGGUUUCCCCCAUGUAAUAUAUGCGCGCAUUUGGAGGUGGCCAGACCUGCAUAAAAAUGAACUGAAACAUGUAAAAUUUUGUCAAUUUGCGUUCGACUUAAAAUGUGACAGUGUUUGUGUUAAUCCAUACCAUUAUGAACGAGUGGUCUCUCCUGCAAUAGAUUUGUCUGGUCUAACGCUACAAACUCCCGGUGAAAACCAAAUGGUGAAAAAUGAGUAUGGUGAAUUAGAAUGUGGACCAAGUGGCAUGCAAACAAUUCAACAUACUCCACAGACUGUGCAGCAUCAUCCUGCUCAACCACAGACUGAUGCGUUUGGGAGACCUCUCAUUGCAUCAUCUCAAGUUGUAGCCUCUGCCAUUCCAAGCAUCUCACCUCAGGCGCAACAACCAGUGACACAACCACUCUCCAUCUGUACGCAACAGCUCCAGUCUGUCGCUACACCCUCAACGGCUUCUCUUUCUACACCACCUACAACACCCUCUGUACCACCUUUAUCUACACCUUCUCCAGGAUUCUUUUCUCCGGGACAAGAAGCUCAAACUAUUUCCCAAAUUAAUGGAAAUACUGCUUUAGAUGCCCUCUCACCUCACUUAACUCCUACUACUUUGAAUGGUCUUGGAACCUCCCCACCUCAGUCAGCUCUCUCCCAAAACUUUACUUCAAAUAAUAGUAUUCUGCCUACAGGUUCAACAAAUACUUGGACUGGAGGAAGUACACUUUCCUACACUCAGUCUAUGGUGCCCCCGGAAAAUAACUUACCUCUGCGUCCACAAGGAACUAACUUCUGGGGACAUCAGCAAUUGCAUGCUGAUGUAGCUUUACAGCAGGGCACUCUCUCUAAUCAACCAGCCCCUGAAUAUUGGUGCUCUAUUGCGUAUUUUGAACUUGACCAACAAGUGGGUGAAACUUUCAAAGUUUCCUCAACCUACACGAGCGUUAUUGUUGAUGGCUAUGUAGAUCCAUCUGGUGGAAACCGUUUCUGCUUGGGUGCUCUCUCUAAUGUACAUAGGACCGAACAAAGUGAGAGGCCUAGGUUGCAUAUAGGUAAAGGAGUGCAAUUAGAUCUGAGAGGGGAGGGUGAUGUGUGGCUGAGAUGCCUUAGCGAUUACAGUGUCUUCGUGCAGAGUUACUAUCUGGAUCGGGAAGCAGGAAGAGCACCAGGUGAUGCUGUGCACAAGAUAUAUCCAAGUGCCUACAUUAAGGUUUUCGAUCUACGACAAUGCCAUCGGCAAAUGCAGCAACAAGCAUUGACAGCCCAAGAUGCAGCUGUUGCUCAAGCUGCAGCAGUAGCUGGUCAUAUUCCAGGGCCAAAUUCAGUCGGAGGAAUUGCUCCUGCAAUAAGUUUAUCUGCUGCUGCUGGCAUAGGAGUAGAUGACUUGAGAAGACUGUGUAUUCUGAGGCUAAGCUUUGUGAAAGGCUGGGGUCCAGAUUAUCCUCGUCAACGCAUUAAAGAGACACCCUGUUGGAUUGAGGUUCAUCUACACCGUGCUCUCCAGCUGCUAGAUGAGGUCUUACACACUAUGCCCAUCCAUGACCCUCGCCCACACGAUUGAUUGAUUGAGAUGUGAUUUAUCAGAAGGACUAUGUAAUUGUUUUCAAAAAUAUUUGCUUACGUGCAAUUGUUCAGAUGAUUGUUUGCUUCAAGCAGAAAAAAAAAAUAAAUUUCUGUUACUUUUAAUGUA